CUCUCCAUUUCUCACUUUCUCUUUCUAGAAAACUGCUUAUUUACAAUCCCUAGAGAGAGAGAGAGAGAGAGAGAGAGAGAGAGAGAGAGAGAGAGAGAGAGAGAGAUGGCGCCGAUGAAGCUGAAAUCAAACUUGAAGCAGCUUAAGCUCUCCGUCCCAGCUCAACAAACCCCAAUCUCUUCCUUCUUGACUGCAAGUGGAACGUUUCACGAUGGAGAUUUUCUACUGAACCAGAAGGGGCUGAGGCUGGUGGUGCCAUAUGAGAAGCAAUCAACGCCAUCUGAUAGAAAGGAGCUUGAUUUCGAAAUCACCGCUGAAGACUUGGAGACUGUGAAAGUCAUCGGAAAAGGAAGCGGCGGAGUUGUUCAGUUAGUUCGACAUAAAUGGGCUGGCAAACUCUUUGCUAUGAAGGUUAUACAGAUGAACAUACAAGAAGAAAUCCGGAAGCAAAUUGUCCAGGAGCUCAAAAUAAACCAAGCUUCUUCUCAGUGUCCACAUGUUGUUGUCUGCUACCACUCUUUCUAUCACAACGGAGCCUUUUCCCUUGUGCUCCAGUACAUGGACCGUGGUUCUCUUGCGGAUGUCAUACGACAAUUCAACACUAUUCUCGAGCCUUACCUUGCUGUUGUCUGUAAACAGGUUUUGCAAGGACUUGUGUACCUGCACAACGAAAGACAUGUCAUACACAGAGACAUUAAACCAUCAAACCUUCUUGUGAACCAUAAAGGAGAAGUGAAAAUCUCUGAUUUUGGUGUCAGUGCAAGUCUUGCUAGCUCCAUGGGACAGAGGGACACAUUUGUUGGAACUUACAACUAUAUGUCGCCUGAGAGGAUCAGUGGAAGCGCAUAUGACUACAGCAGCGACAUCUGGAGUUUGGGCAUGUCAGUGUUAGAAUGUGCAAUAGGAAGAUUCCCUUAUUUGGAAUCCGAAGAUCAGCAGAACCCGCCUAGCUUUUAUGAGCUUUUGGCAGCAAUCGUAGAGAAUCCACCACCAACUGCUCCUUCUGAUCAAUUCUCACCUGAGUUCUGCUCCUUUGUAUCAGCCUGCAUACAGAAAAAUCCUGCAGCAAGAGCAUCAUCCUUGGACCUCUUGAGUCAUCCAUUCAUAAAAAAGUUUGAGGACAAGGAUAUUGAUCUCGGCAUACUUGUCGGCACUUUGGAACCACCUGUUAACUACCUUAGAUAAGUAAGUCCUCUUCUUUUCUUCUGCAUUUUGGUGUAUGAUAUGAUAUGAUACGAUGGCAUGAUGUAUAAUGUGUUUCUAAAGUUUACGGUUACUUGAUGAUCAAAUUGAAUGAGAUUUUAUUAUUCAUUGCCUU